UCCGGGUAGUGCAGCCACACGCCGCGCCACCGGCGUCUUGCUUUCUGCUCCCCCUCCCCCGUGUCCCUCUCGCCUCCCCUCCUUGCCUUUUAUCCCCAGCCCCACCCGCCAAAAUGAACAGCUCGGACGAGGAGAAGCAGCUGCAGCUCAUCACCAGCUUGAAGGAGCAAGCAAUAGGCGACUAUGAAGACCUUCGAGCAGAGAACCAGAAAACAAAGGAGAAGUGUGACAAAAUUAGGCAAGAACGAGAUGAAGCUGUUAAAAAACUGGAAGAAUUUCAGAAAAUUUCUCACAUGGUCAUAGAGGAAGUGAAUUUCAUGCAGAACCAUCUUGAGAUAGAGAAGACAUGCCGGGAGAGUGCUGAAGCCUUGGCAACAAAGCUAAACAAAGAGAAUAAAACACUGAAAAGAAUCAGCAUGUUGAUACAUGGCACAAACUGGACCAGACGUGAUAAACAGAGGAGAUCAACAUUGAUGAUGGCGACCCUGCCACCGACACGGACGGGGCAGUUGAGACUUGUGUAUCUCUUCAGUGCCAGAAAACAAAUCAAAGAACUCCGUGAUCAAAUUGUGUCCGUUCAAGAAGAAAAGAAGGUGUUAGCCAUUGAGCUAGAAAAUCUCAAGAGCAAACUUGUGGAGGCAAUGGAGGAAGUAAAUAAAGUUAAGCAAGAAAAGGCCGCCUUAAAUUCAGAAGUUCUUGAGCAGAGGAAAGUCCUAGAAAAAUGCAACAGAGUGUCCAUGCUGGCCGUCGAAGAGUAUGAGGAGCUGCAGGUGAACCUGGAGCUGGAGAAAGACCUUCGCAAGAAAGCGGAAUCAUUUGCACAAGAGAUGUUCAUUGAGCAAAACAAGCUGAAGAGACAAAGCCAGCUUCUGCUGCAGAGCUCCCUUCCCGACCAGCAGCUGUUGAAAGCUUUAGAUGAAAACUCAAAACUCAUCCAGCAGCUUGAAGAAGAGAGGAUCCAGCAUCAGCAAAAGGUCAAAGAGUUAGAGGAGAAGCUGGAGAAUGAGGCACUGCACAAAGAGAUCCAUAACCUCAGACAGCAGCUGGAGCUUCUGGAAGAAGACAAGAAGGAGCUGGAGCAGAAAUACCAGAGCUCAGAGGAGAAAGCCAGGAAUCUGAAGCAUUCAGUGGAUGAACUCCAGAAACGAGUGAACCAGUCGGAGAAUUCGGUGCCUCCCCCACCUCCUCCUCCUCCACCUCUCCCCCCUCCACCGCCCAAUCCAAUCCGAUCUCUCAUGUCUAUGAUCCGGAAACGAUCCCACCCCACUGGCGGCAGCACUAAGAAGGAAAAGGCCCCUCAGCCAGAAACAGCUGAGGAAGUCACAGACCUGAAGAGACAAGCAGUGGAAGAGAUGAUGGACAGAAUUAAACGGGGAGUUCAUCUUAGACCAGUUAACCAGACGGCCAGACCCAAGGUAAAGCCAGACUCCUUAAAGGGCUCAGAGAGCGCGGUGGAUGAGCUGAAGGGAAUCCUGGGGACACUUAACAAAUCCACUAGUUCGAGAAGCUUAAAAUCUUUUGGCCCCGAGAACAGUGAAACUGAGUUAGAGAGGAUUUUACGUCGCAGGAAGGUGGCAGCAGAAGCAGAUAGCAGUAGUCCUACCGGGAUAUUAGCCACCUCAGAGUCCAAAUCCAUGCCAGUGUUGGGUUCUGUAUCCAGUGUAAAAACAGCCUUGAACAAGAAAACUCUGGAGGCAGAAUUCAACAGCCCGUGUCCCCUAACACCUGAGUCAGGUGAAGGGCCCCGUAAAUUGGAAGGAUGCACGAAUUCCAAGGUUACGUUUCAGCCUCCCAGUAAAGGUGGAUACAGGAGACAAGGUGUGGGCAGUGAGAAGCAAGCUGAGCCAGUUGUAGUUUUAGAUCCUGUUUCCACACAUGAACCCCAAACCAAAGACCAGGCUGCUGAUAAAGACCCAACUCAGUACAAGGAGGAAGGAGGUGAAGUACAGCCAGAAGACAAGGAGGACAGCCAUGGGAAAGCGGGAGAGACGGACAGUUCCAGCUGCUGAUCUGAAGCCAGAGGCCGGCGUGUUUGCGAGCCCUUGUCCAUGGACACGUGGCUCAUUUGGGUGUACUGUCAAGGACGGUUGGACACUUCCCUUGUUCUGGCCACACACUUCUUUGCUGGUAUCACUUGUAAGUAGCAAGUAUAAACGUAAGUAAGCUGUUUAGCAAGAUGCAUUUUCUGGGUAGUUUUUUUAAUAUAUCUUUAUGGGGUAAGGGUUCUUUCUGGUUUCUAUGUCGAGUGUGACUUCUUCGAGAAGGUGGCGGGAAACUCGGGUGUUGAUGUCUUUGUUGGGAAUUAUGUGCACUACUAACUCUUCUAAUGUAUCCAUGAUGCAAUUCAAGGCGGCUGCCAGAAACUGGGUAGACAGAGGCCACCAAACUUAACCGUGAUCUUUAAAGGCUCCCUUUAAUCCAAUCCUUCUGCGUGCAGCCCCUAGCACCAGGGAGACGGAGGCAGGAGGAUUGCUUGAGCCUGGACUUCAGUUUGGGUCACACUGCAAGACUCCAUCUAAAGAGUCUUUAUUCUCCGCCUAAAGGCUCCCUAAAGGAGCCUCUUUGGGGUGCUGCUCUUUGGAUGGGGAGACUGAAGCAGCCUGGAAGUCAGUGGGUCCAGUAGCAUCUCUGUUUUGUAGAGUGCUAUAGUGAUAUUUUGUUUAUGGUCUAACGAAGUUUGCCUGACGAUCAGAGAAGCAAAGCAGCCAAGCUACUAGAGAACUCUUAACCUCUAUUGAACAGAGCCAGUUCCUGUCUCAUCCCGCCUUAUAUUCCUCUCUAGUGCUGGGAUUAAAGGCGUGCACCACCACCACAGCCUGGCCUCUGUGGCUAACUAGUGUGUCUGCUGGGAUUAAAGGUGUGUGUCAGCACCGCCCAGCCUGUGUAGCUGACUAGUAUGGCUAGCUUUGCCCUCUGAUCUUCAGGAAAACUUUGUUAGAUCAUAAACAUAAUAUCACUAUAGGGUGCGCUGAGAACAUCCAGGGGAGAGCUCCAGAGGUGGCAGCUAGCUUUCAAGGUCUCUUAGCUCCCAGUUGAUCACAGUUAACUACUUUAAACAUGUGAAAAAACAUGCCCCUGUGUCCAAGGCUUGCCAGGGAUUUCGGUGUUCCGGCUGCUGAACAGAGCAAUGAAACGAAAGCCCGAACCUUGAGUGUAAAAGAAAUACCCUGGCAAACCACAUACUCCUGUGUUUCCCACACGUUCACGUGGCACAGGCACUGUACUUCACUCCGGAUCUCACGCACAGGGAAGAUGAGUGACAAGCACACUUCUUUCUUGCUUCACUGCCGUUCUGUAUUACAUGGGUCUGUUUUGUUUUGUUUUUUAGAGGAAAUUAAGUGGUAGUUUCUAAAAAUACAAUGUUUCAUACUACCACGAGGAAUAAAUAGAGAUGUAAUCAGGGAUUUAAAAAAAAAAACAACUUAUGCAGGUUUUCAAGUCGAUUGUUUCAAAAUUGGUGUUUAUUUAAAAUAAGUGGUAAUGUACUUGAAUGCACUUUUUAUGAUAAUGAUUCAUUCAGUGAUGGUAAUUUUACUAUUAAAGAAAGCGGAAGGCUUAGUUUUGUUAGCAUGACUCAGCAUGUAGUUGUCAGGUGCUUAGCACCUAAGGGCAAAAGAAAAUGAUAGUAACAAUCAGUAGUUGUGUCCUAUUGUGUUUCUGCAAGUGUGCUGCUAGCAUAGGCUUGAGGCAGUGGGGAGGCAGGAGAGAACACUUCCUCAAUUUGGAGACAAUUCUCUUUCUGUAGGUUCAUUAGGUUUUACUGUUUCCGUGUUCCUCCAGUGCUGAUUUUAUCGCUCCCUGUCAGUUUACUUAUGGGGAAUUAAAACGUGAUUUUUUUUUCCAACUGUGUGUUUCCAUAACUGACUGAUAUGCUCACUGCAAGUGGAUUCAUUUGUUCAGAUGGGUUCCACUGUGCUGUGAACUCUCCUCAACACAACACAUUAAAAGAGACACACAACAGUUUCUCAUUAA